CAAUGGCACGGGUAGCACCCCUCUAAAGGCUCAGCCGUCCAGUGCAACGUCCACCCCGAUGACUCCCAAGGUUGCCACAAAGACACCCGUCAAGGCACCAGCCAAAAAGGAGUCUUUGAAUCCUCGAGUUCUCAAGACACAGGCCCCUGCAUCACAUGACAUGAGAUACAGGCUCUUGAGGGCUCUACACGAACAGCUCAAUAGACUCAAUUCCGAACUCGCUAAGGAUGCAAAUGACGAGGAAGAGAAGUUGGUGCUCUCGGAGCAAGAGCUAAUUACCAAGGCUUUGGAUAUUGAAGAGGAAGCGGCUUUCAGCACGGCUAUCUACUCCAAUAUUGUGAAGAACAAGAUUCUCGUCUACAAGCGGAUGACAGUCCCGCAAUGGAAGGAUGAGAGGGGCAAGGAACUUGCGAAGGCAAAGGCUGCGGAAGCGGCCUCUAUAUCAGACACUCCAGUCUCCAAGCCCACGGAACCUCCGAAGCCCAUAGAGACUAGAUUGAGCCCCGAAGAGGAGCUUGAGUUACUUCCAAGACUCUACACACCGAUUACUGGCUUAUCAAAACACGGUUACGUGACAUCCAUCCCAAGCAACGAGGAAAUAGAAAAAGCCAAGAAGGGUGUAGAAGCAGCUAAGGGAUGGGAGGUCUGUGACCGAUGCAAGAGCCGUUUCCAGGUAUUCCCAGGACGGCGAGAGGAGGAUGGUGCUCUCACAUCUGGCGGAACAUGCACAUAUCAUUUCGGGAAGCCAUAUUGGCAAGAACGGUCCGCAGUCGACCCAGGAGCGAAGCGUGAGAAGAAGUACCGAUGCUGUGGUCAGUCAAUGGGUGAUUCGCCAGGCUGUACUCAAGCCGAUAGUCACGUAUUCAAGAUCUCGGAAGUAAAGAGAAUGGCGACGGUUAUGAACUUCGAGAAGACGCCAGACACCCCGGAGAAGCCUCCGGCGUGGCCGGUUUGCAUUGAUGGAGAGAUGGGAUAUACAGUCUAUGGACUUGAACUCAUUCGUCUUACAGCAACCUCGUGGCCCAGUGGCAAGGAGCUGUUUGACGUCCUUGUCCGGCCCAUCGGAGAAAUCCUAGACCUCAACUCUAGAUACUCAGGCGUAUGGCCAAAGGACAUGGCGGAAGCCAUCCCCUGGGAUGCCCCACCUGAUACCGGCCUCCCCACAUCUGAGGAAGCCACCCACACAAAGCGGAGGCUGCGCAUUGUCGACUCCCCAGAAGCCGCCCGAGCAUUACUUUUCUCCCACCUCUCGCCCGAGACACCACUAAUCGGCCACGGCCUUGAAAACGAUCUCAACGCUGCCCGCAUCAUCCACCCAACAAUCAUCGACACCGCUCUCCUCUUCCCCCACAAAGCCGGACUGCCAUACCGCAACGGCCUCAAGAUGCUCAUGCACACGCACCUGAACCGACACAUCCAGGUCGUCGUCGACGGCAAGAUGGAAGGCCACGAUAGCAAGGAGGACGCCAACGCGGCCGGCGAGCUGGUGCGCUUCGCCCUCGCAAACGAGUGGCAGAGGAUGGAGAAGGCAGGCUGGACGCUGCAGGAUGGAAAAUUCAAGCCUCCGCCGCAGAAAUCCUUUCCUCGACCGCCGACGGGUCCGAUGGCUGGGUUGACAGUGGAGUACUUAGAGGAUGAUCCAGCUAGGAGGAAGAGAUCGAGAGAGGAAAUGGAGGAUGCCGAGGAAGGAGAGAUUGAUGAAUAACGUCUCCCGUUGUCCUACAUUGGAAAACCAGAAGUUAAUCAUUGGGCGGGCUUUUGUGAUUGGAGGGUCAACAUCAAGGGAACCGCCAUCUAAAGCAGCGAGUCGUUUGGAAUGGGCGAAGUUCAGUGCAGUGCUGGCUGGAUGUUCCAGAAAAGUGGCCAUUGAAAUAAUCACAUCAAACAUGACUCUUAAGUAAUUCACGCAUUCACAUAUCAAUCGGAUUAUGAUUGACGGCCAGGAAUGUACACUGAUGCAGCAGGUCGUCUUCCGAUAAUAGACAACAUAAGGAAGAUCACCUGGAAUAUAAUUCAGACAUCUUAUUCAUGACCACUAGCUCAGACAUUGAGCACGUAAUGACUCCAUAAUCCCCAUGUAUAACGCCAGAAAAAAUGCUACCAUCCAAGCAAAGAUAUCCAUUCAAAAGUCCAUACUCAUCAGAUACUCCUCCAGUAUUCGCAUA